AUGACCGACUCGCCUUUUGUGCGCCACCCGCUCGACCCCAAGGAACAACCCAUCCUCGACCGCCUGCUUGGCCUGCGUGACCAGCUCUCGGUUCUCAAGAGCGACCGCACCUCGUACAUUCGCACUCAGGAUGUCUUGGACCUUUAUCAGCGAUUGAUCGGAGAGGUCGAGCAGCUCAACGAAGUGCGCACCGACAAGCGCAGCGAACAAAACAGAGUCGACACUGUGCUGGACGACUGCUUCCAGCUCGUCUCCCUCUUCUUCCUUACCAUCGGCCGCAAUCAAGAAGCUCCUGCUGUCUAUUCCGCUGUAUCUACCGUCAAGCGCCUCCUGGAUCACCUCAAGGAAGCCGGCUUCUACCUACCCCAAGAUCUCGAAUCCAUUGAGCACAAUCUACAAAAAUGGCGCUCGUCGGUCGAGCGUGGCAAGGAUGUACACAGCGAUUCUCUCAUGACGCUGCUCGAAGCCCGCAUCGACGUCUGCUACCAAACCCUCAAGGAGCUCCAAGGUUCCCUGUCCCGCCUCGACCCUCAACUCAUGGGAUACUAUGAGAAGCUCGUCUCGAUUCUUCGCUCACUCUCGGCUUGUAACACACGGUCAAAGUUCCCCGUCAACGAGGUUCAAGAGCUCGAGGAGCAGCUCAAACAAAUCCAAGCAGAAUUGAAGGAUGCUGGCGUAUCACACGAAGGAAGGACAGCCGAGGAGGCCUAUGCCGAACGCUUGCAACAAGUGCACAUCGACGAGAACCACAUCGAGGAGGGUGACAAGGUCGUGUCGUUCCUGCUAGCCCGAUGUCUGCUCUGGCUUGAAAUCAUUCAGAAAAAGAAUGGCAAGAUUGACGACCGAUUCCGUGAUACAUACGAUAAGCUCGUCAAAUUGCGCAACACUCUCGACAACAUGAAUCUCACCCAAGCCUGGUCAUUGCGCGAGACUGAUCUGUACAGCUAUCAACGACAACUCGAUCGCAUCGACGAGUCUCGUGUUGAUGGAAACUUUCUUGAUACUGAAGGCAGACCUGCCGAUCUCCAUUCCCAGAGGACGCUGCUCUACCUCCUUCGCAAGAGCUACUCGUUCAUCUACCGCUACAUAGUCUCGUCAGAACCUGUAUCUGAGGCCCUACUGCCUAUAUACAACCAGCUUCUCACCUUGAAGCGCUGUCUGUUGGAGGUCAAGCGCUCAGGCGGCGUUGACUCCCCUCGCGAACUGUACCCGUAUAGCAUGAAGCUCAACUCGAUAGACAAUAUGAAGAAGGACGGUAAAUUCAUGGUCGGUGAUGACAUUCCCGAAGGUCAGGGCAGUGUCACAUCACUAUUAGCCGAAUGCUUCGACAUUGCCUACGACCUCAGAAACGAGGCCGAGGAGCGUAAAGACGCUGCCGACUUGGCUGAAGAGCCAGCAGACGAUGCUGAAGCAAAGGAGUAG